UUCAGCAGCUGAAUCGAAAAUUGAUCGCAAUAAAUUUUUUUUUCUGAUAAAAAUCAUCUUUUUUUUAAUUUUUUUUUUUGAUUGACAUUAUCAAUCACAUACACCCAACCAGCCAGCCAGCUAUUCAAUCAAUCAGGAACAAAAAAAACAUUGUAAAAUUUCCAUUGAAAUACUCGACCAAAAAGAUGGUUAUCAUGCAAGGUCCAUUAUUAAAAUGGACAAAUAUGAUGAAAGGUUAUCAACAACGUUGGUUUGUUUUGGAUGAAAUCAAUGGUCUAUUAUCAUAUUAUACAUCACCAGAAAAAUUAGUACGUGGUGAUCGUCGUGGUUGUAUACGUUUACGUGAUGCAAUAUUAGGUAUUGAAGAUGAUGAUGAUACAAUAUUUUCAAUUACAUCCGAUACUGAAGUUUUUCAUUGUAAAGCACAUUCAAUGAAAGAACGUGAUGAAUGGAUUAAUAGUUUAUCGGAUAUAAUUGAAUUAUUUCAACAACAACGACGUUAUAGACGUUUUCGUUAUAAUAAUAAUAAUAAUAAAAAACAGAAUCAAAAACAUCAACGUUCGAAUGCCUUAUUGAUGCCUAUACAACAACAACAGCGAUCCAUCGAUGAUAUUGAUGAUGAUGAAGAUGAUGAAAAAAUAUUAAACAAAUUUAAUCAUUAUUUAAUUGAAACUGAUUCAUAUUUACAGAUAUUGAUAAAACAAUUUCAAAAAUUAGAUUCAAAAAUUACAACAACGGCUAAUGGUGAUGAUAUUAUUGGUGAUGAUAAAUCUACGGAUCAGAUAAAAUUAUUAAAAGAACGUUCAACAUAUUUUUUAGAUUCAAUUAAACAUACGAUUGUUUUGUUGCAGAUUGCCAAGAAUCUAAAAUUUCCAGUCAGCGGAAUAUAUCGUCAACAACCGCAACAACAACAACAAUCCGAACAUCAAGAAUCAUCCGAAGAUUUAUCAUUAUUGAAUAAAGUUCCUGAAAAUAAUCUUCCCGACAACCAGAAUGCUACAAUAAUUAAUGAUUUUUCCAUUGUUAAUGAUAAUGAUGAAAAACAAUCAAUUUCUUCAAUUAUACAACCAGAUUUAAAUAAUGUUGAUGAUGAAUCAACAUUGAUUAGAAAUCAACAACUACAACAAUCAUCAUCAUCUGAAUUUCAACCAAAUAAAUCAACUUUAGAUGAUUUUAUUUAUAGUGAUAAAUUUAUAAAAAAUUAUUAUAAUCAAACAAUACCAGAUAUAUCAUAUGCAAGUAGUGGUGAUGAUGAUGAUGAUGAUUUUUUCGAUGCAAAUGAUGAAUCAGAAAAUUCCGAUAAUUCAAUGUCAUUGAUAAAAAUGCCUUCAACAAAAAAAUUAUCAUUACGUGCAACAUCAAUGACAACAUCAUCAACAUGUGAUAAUAAUAAUGAUGAUGAUGAUGAUGGUCAAAAUGUUGUUGUUGCUUCUGUGGUCGAUGAUAAUGAUGAAAUAAAUUUUGAUAAACUAUAUGAAUCAAGUGAUGAUUCCAAUGAUGAACUACAAUGUCAUCGAAUACAAUCACAUGGUAGUGUUAUAUCACAUUUAAUUUCACAGGUUAAAAUUGGUAUGGAUUUGACAAAAGUUGCCCUGCCAACAUUUAUAUUGGAAAGACGUUCAUUAUUAGAAAUGUAUGCAGAUUUUUUUGCACAUGCUGAUAUUUUUUGCAGCAUACCGGAUUAUAAAACACCUGAAGAACGUAUGAUACAGGUAACAAGAUGGUAUUUAUCAGCAUUUCAUGCUGGUCGUAAAGGAUCAAUAGCCAAAAAACCAUAUAAUCCUAUAUUGGGUGAAGUAUUUAGAUGUUAUUGGAAUCUAUCAUCAACAACAACAACAACGAAUAAUAAUGAUAGUCCAUUACCAUGGGCUAAAACAAGUGAUUUAAUAUUUAUUGCCGAACAAGUAUCACAUCAUCCACCAAUAUCAGCAUUUUAUGCUGAAAAUAUUGAAAAACGUAUUAUGUGUUGUGCUCAAAUAUGGACAAAAAGUAAAUUUCUUGGCCUUAGUAUAGGUGUAAAUAAUAUUGGUAAAGGUUCAAUUUAUCUAUUGGAUCAUGAUGAAGAAUAUACAUGUACAUUUCCAAGUGCAUAUGGUCGUUCAAUAUUAACUGAACCAUGGUUUGAAUUUGGUGGUAGUGUACAGAUUGAAUGUGAAAAAUCUGGUUAUCAAACAAAAAUUGAUUUUUUAACAAAACCAUUUUAUGGUGGUAAACGUAAUCGUAUUAAUGCAGAAAUAUUUGAUCCAAAUACAAAAUUAUUAGCAACAAUAAAUGGUGAAUGGAAUGGUCGUAUGGAAGUAAAAUUUAUUCGUAAUAAAUCAUUACAACCAAAAUCUGAACCAUUUGUUGAUACAAAAACAUUACCAGUGAUAAAAAAACAAGUAAAACCAAUUAAUGAACAAGAAGAUUAUGAAUCAAGAAAACUAUGGAAACAUGUUACAUUAGCAUUGAAAAAACAAAAUGUUGAUGAAGCAACUGAAGCAAAAUAUCAAAUUGAACAAAGACAACGUGAAUUGGUUAAAGAACGUGAACAAUUGGCAAGUAAAUGGCAAAAUAGGAUGUUUCAUAAUAUUGGUGAAAAAUGGAUAUUUAAUGAACCAUUAACAAAUCGAAAAUCAUUGACAAGAUAGCCAUAGUCUUCUUCUUUUGUCCAUCAUUCGAUUUUCUCUCUCUCUCUCUCUCUCUCUCUCUCUCUCUCUUCCAAGAUUGAUUCAUCGAUCCAUCCAUUCAUCAGAUAACUUUUUGUAUUUCUUU